AUGCCGAUGACCGAUACCAGUGAUUCACCACCGCCAGUCCAUGUCCUCUCUUCCGCUCCGAUCACCAUAGCUCUCACCGCCUUUUUCCUCAUCCUCCUUCUAACCGGAUUCUUUUCCCUGUUCUUAUGCCGCUGUUUCCUUAAGAGGCUCUUGCUAGCUUGGAAUCUACAGCAAAAUCCCUCCGGAGAGAUCGUUGGCCCGCCCGAGAACCCGGGUCUCGACCCGAAAAUCGUUCGGGCUUUCCCUGCCUAUCCUUACUCGUCGGUCAGAGAUCAAGGGACAGAAUGCAGCAUCUGUUUGUCGGAUUUCUCGGACGAAGACACCGUUAGGCUCAUAACGGCUUGCCGCCAUGCGUUUCAUGCAGACUGCAUCGAUCUUUGGUUCGAAUCACACAAGACUUGCCCGGUUUGCCGGUGCGAGCUCGAAUCAGAUCUUUCGUCCCCGGAAAAAUCGCCCGUUCUUCCCGGAAUCAGCCUGGUUAGAUCCAGAAGCCACGAAUCUUUACAUGAUGCAGUGGUGAUCGUUGUACAGGAAGAUGUGGAGGAAUCUGUCGGAAAUUCGAACCGGAACAGUGAAAGCCAUGAAAGGGGAGUGAAGGGUUGUGAUCGGAGGUGA